AUGGGCUGCAAUUUGUGCACCUUGCAGAAACGGGAGGAACACUACAAACUGCUCUACGAGAUCGCACAGGUGAAUGGUUUGGCCAAGGUUGAACAUGAUGAGGCAGUGGUGGAGGCCAUCAGGCGAGACCCUAUCGUUGUCCAGGUUCUCCGACGUACCCCCACCAGAGCCGCGGCGGCUGUCGUACAAAACAGCACCAGCUCGCCGCAGGAUGUGUGUGUGGUCGAUGUGUGCACGCAAACAGACAUCACCUUUGAACAUAUUAUGGCACUGGCCAAGCUUCGGCCUGCUACCCCACCAGUCCCUGACAUUUGUCCCUUCCUGCUGUCUGACAGCUGUCACUCAAUCCACACCAUGGAACAUGAGUUUUAUGAAUGUCCAGAGUACCUGUCUAACACCACAGCAGAUGUGGAGAGGAUCGUAGAGUAUGAGUAUGAGGAAGUGGAGCUAUGCAGGCAGAACAGCCAAGAAAAGCUGGGCCUGACACUGUGCUACAGGACUGAUGAUGAGGAGGACACUGGGAUCUAUGUGAGCCAGGUUGAGCCGAACAGCAUAGCGGCAAAAGACGGGCGCAUAAAGGAAGGAGAUCGUAUUCUGCAGAUAAAUGGCUGUGAAGUACAAGACAGAGAGAAGGCUGUUGCCCUGUUGUCAAGUGAAGAAGCAAGGAGCAUCACACUACUGGUGACAAGGCCAGAAAUCCAGUUGGAUGAGGAGGCUGGAUGGCUGGACGAUGAGCAACAGGAGCUCAUAGAGGAGAUCCUCAAGGAGAGGAGGAAGCAGAAGGAACAUGGCUUUGACAAGGGAGAUGAGCAUCAAGCUGAAGAAGGGAUGACAACAGAUACAGCUACAUGUUCUUCCAACAAUCAAGACAGUGGGUUUGGACGCAGUACGGACAGUCCGGAGCACCAACCACUGCUGGCUAAACUCCAAAGAAGGAGCCCAGCUCAUUGCCUAAGGGAGCGGUGGCGGGCAGAGCAUCCCCACACCAAGCGAGGAGCUGUUGUCCCACGGGAAAACCAGAGCACGAGAACACUGUCCACAGGCCAAGGCCACGAAGGGGUAGGGAGUGUUCGCAAUAGCGGAGGUGGGAUCUUAGGUUUGGAGAAUCGCUUCCAGCAACUCUUGGAGCUCAAGUGUCAGAUUCGAAACGGGGGUGAGUGUGGGGUGUACUCAAUUCGACACAGUAUAGAGUGUAGCCUUACUGAACAAGGGGGAGAGGAUGGCGAUUGCGUAGAUGACAUACGGGGAAGGGGAGGAGUGGAGCAGGAGUUGAGGAUGCUAAACGAGGAACUGCGCAGCAUUGAGCUCGAAUGCCAGAGCAUUAUGCAGGCCCAUCAGCUUCGCCAGUCCCAUCAGCAGGAGCACUCACAGCCGUCGCCCUGUUCACCAGGAAGGAGCACCAAAGAUGGACACAAGCGGCACGGCAGGCUGGCUGACAUUCACGAACACCCAGAGAGGUUGGAAGCCGAUAAGAUGCGCGAGAAGGAUAGCUCCAGUGCCUACAACACAGCAGAAAGUGCACGCUCAACACCACUGGGUAUGGAGAGAUCUCCUGACCACUCUCUGCAGAGACACAUCAGCAUUACCAACCAGAAAAACCUCAGACUGGCUUCUUCCACACCCUCAAGCCCUAUUCCUAUCCCCAAGCCCCAGGGCACAUCUAGUCGUAGCAGACAAGCAGAUCCAGGUCCUGUAAUCUCAAGCAGCCCUGAUCAGAGCAACCCUUCCAGGUCUGAGUCAGACCCUGCUCUGCCUGCAGAUGAUGAGAGGUGUGAGAAGAAAGGGAGGACCAGAGAGUCAAGGAGAGGGCUUCCUUACGCUUCUUCAUAUCACACGACCCCUUAUCAUGGCCAGGGAGGAUCUAAGCAACUUCAGAGUUACAUGCAGCUGCUACAGCAGCAUUCAUCCAUGGAGUAUUCUCAGAGCCAGCUGAGUCUCCUCAGUGUCUGCCGAGAUCCCGUGCACCGUAACGGACGCCCUGGGGAACCACGACUAGAGUGGAAGGUCAAAGUUCGAGCUGACGGGACGCGAUACGUUGCCCGGAGGCCUGCUCGUGAUCGCAUACUGAGGGAGAGGGCGCUAAGGAUCAGAGAGGAGAGGAGUGGAGGCAUGACCACAGAUGAUGACGCCAUGAGUGAGAUGAAGAUGGGCCGCUACUGGAGCAAAGAGGAGAGGAAGCAGCACCUGGCACGAGCCAGGGAGCAAAGAAAGAGGAGGGAGUUUAUGCAAAAGAGCCGCCUGGAGUGUUUAAAGGAGGGACCAGUGAGUGGAGCUGAAGGCAGGAAGGAGAUCAAUAUCUUGGAGCUCAGUCACAAAAAGAUGAUGAAAAAACGAAAUAAAAAGAUCCUGGAUAACUGGAUGACUAUUCAGGAGCUGAUGAGCCAUGGGGCCAGAGUCCCAGAGGGCUCCAAAGUCCAUAAUGCCUUUCUUUCUGUCACAACUGUUUAACACAAGAUAUUAAGUCAGGUAGACAGCAAUCGAGGAACUACUGCUUGUUUUUUCUUUUUUUCUUUUUUUAAGUGUACAUUUCUGAGAUUAAAUCAAAUACGUUAACG